AUGGCUCACGGUGUCAUGAGUUCUAGUGUGACUUCUAUCUUGGAAAUUGAAAAGAGUAAAAGGAGACUAAUCGAACUAGAGGAUGACAAGACAAUUCAGAUAAAGCUCUGGGGAAACAAAUCAAACCUUCAUCCAGUGGAAGGGGAAUCAGUCCUCUUUAAAUGUCUAACAGUCGACAUUUUUAAAGAGACUUUCUCUUUAAACUCUACUCCUUUGACGACAUAUCAGGUUAGCAUAAUAUACAAUACAUCACUUAAAAUCAACAAAGUUAAAGAACAUGUUUCUAUUCGAGAGGCCAAUACGAUCUACAUUGAAGAAACAAUAUUUAGAGUGCCGACGGAUGUGAUGGAUAUCAUUUUUCCUCUUCGAUCCUUUGUUGAUGGAACUAAAAUAACAGGAAGAAGAGCAGGGUCCACACUUAAAUCAGUCACCAAGGUGACAUUGCCCGACCAGGAAGUAGGGAAUCCAAACAACAAGGUGACAUUACCCGACCAGGCAGAUGAAAAUCCAAAGUAG